UUGCACCUCCCAGAAGCAGCAAGAGCGCAGUGGAACGCACGGCACUCGCAGGGUUAACUUCUUCCCGUCCCACAAUCCUGUGCGAGGCUGCAACGUAGCCGGAAGAUGGCGGCUGAGAGGGGCUGAGAGACACAGACACCGACUGAUUCACACGCACCGCCCGCCUCCUGCCCCAAACCUACACGCUUCCAGACAUGGCGAGUCCUCGAACCAGGAAGGUUCUGAAAGAAGUCCGGGUACAAGAUGAAAAUAAUACCUGCUUUGAAUGUGGAGCCUUUAAUCCCCAAUGGGUCAGUGUGACAUAUGGUAUCUGGAUUUGCCUGGAAUGUUCUGGAAAACACCGGGGGCUUGGAGUCCAUCUCAGCUUUGUGCGCUCAGUCACCAUGGACAAGUGGAAGGAUGUCGAGUUGGAGAAGAUGAAAGCUGGGGGAAAUGGAAAGUUCAGGCAGUUUCUGGAGAUGCAGGAUGACUAUGAUCCAUGCUGGAGCAUGCAGGAGAAGUACAACAGCAGGGCAGCUGCUCUGUAUCGCGACAAGGUUGCUACUUUAGCUGAAGGACAGGAAUGGUCUGUAGAGACUUCAUCAGCACGAAACUGGACCCCCCCUCAGCCUAAGAUGAUGGGAGGUUCCUCUAUACGCUCCAGUGCUGGAUCAGCUCAGACAGGAUCCUCCUCAGGAGACAAACCAUUUGAGGACUGGCUGAAUGAUGACAUGACUUCCUAUCAGAGCGGUGGGGGUUCAGGACACCAGGAGAACAGAUAUGUUGGAUUUGGUAACACAGUGGAUCCUCCGAAAAAAGAAGAUGAUUUCCUGAACAAUGCAAUGACCUCACUGUACUCGGGCUGGAGCAAUUUUACUGUCGGAGCCAGCAAAUUUGCCUCAGCCGCCAAAGAGAGCGCAAGCAAGCUGGGAACCCAAGCCACACAGAAGUUUUGGGGAGGGAACAAGCUUCCGGCGGAUUCGGCCUCUGAGCUAGGCCAGACUAUAAAUGAGAAUGUUGUCAAACCAGCCCAUGAGAAGGUGAAAGAGGGACGAGUCUUGGAAGAUGUCUCCAGUGGAAUGUCCCACCUAGCAUCAAAGGUACAGGGAGUGAGCAGUAAGGGUUGGAAGGACGUCACAUCAUUCUUCUCAGGGAAAUCAGAGGAUAUGGGACAGAGCUCUGAACCUGAGGGUGGCUAUCAGCAGGGCACUGGGGACAGAUACCAAAACGCUAGCUACGGCAAAUCCUUCUGGGAGACCUUUGGCAGCUCUGAGGAGAUCAAGAAACCUUCGAAAUCUCCAAGUGGGGACAGCUGGACCUUUCCAGAAAACUCCACAGGGAGGAAGAGCUCGGAUAGCUGGGAAGUCUGGGGGUCUGGGACCACCUCCAACAACAAGAACAGCAACAGUGAUAGCUGGGAGAACUGGGACAGCCACUGGGAUAGUACUGAGGGCAAGGGGAAGAAGGGGGAGAAAGCACCUGCUGCAGAGGAUGGGUGGGACAACAGCUGGUAGGGAACAGCGCAUGUGCUUCUUCAGGCUGGUGUGUGUGUGUGUUUGAUGGGGUGAAGCUGAACAGCCACCCAACAAUUGCACCAGUAUAGCAAAGUUUGACCCCUUGGCCCAAUGGAGCUCACCUGGCCCUUGUGGGGGGGCGGUAUAUUAAACUGAAUGAAGGGAAUUAAUCUGGCACCGAUACAAAUCUCUAAAAAUAGUUUUAUGCUGGGUUUCCCCUGCCAUCUCCAAACACACACACACACAGUCUGCUCAGUGUAAAAAAUCACUGACACAAUAACAGCAAUUACAAGUUCAGAACUGUCUGGGAGGACCGGAGUAUGGGCAGCCCCCUAAAUAGCUCAUCUGUAAUCUUAUGUGUCAUCUCACUGCCUCAUAAUUAACCCCACAGUGUUUGUAUGGAAGGAAAAAAAUGACUUGGCACACUCCUUACCUCCAAACCUAAUGAAGCAUCUCUUUUUAUUUUUAAACUCUUGCUGGAAAGUGUGUUUUAGCCUUUGAUGUAGCUGUUUUAUAUAUUGAUGAUUCAUUGUUUGGAUGCUGGGCUGAGUAGUCCUAAAGCUGAAGCUACACGGGGGCCACUACUUCCAGGCCAAGCGCUUUCAGUCUGCAUUACAGCCAAUGGGAGGUACAAGCUUCUGGAGCCAAUAGUUGGAAUACACUGGCUGGGAAAUACCAGUGUGUGCCUUCAGCUUUGAAUAACCUGAACCCCUCUCUCCCUGUAUACCUCGGUACAGCCUUCAAUUCGCUGCUGAAUCAGCUUCUCUUUCCUUACUGGCUAUUACCUUUACCCAGGUGGUUACAGAGCACUCCUGCCCUUUCUAUUGAACAACGCAGCAGAUAAGGAUUAUCCAACCUUCUGCCUCCAGCUGAAGGUUCUUGCAGGCUGAUGGGAAUUGCAGUCCAACAAAAGUUGGAUGCAGGAACAGCCAUGAAUAUUGAGUGCAGGGUACUCAUAAAUUACUAGUUGAAAGCUAAGCUUCUCCUCUUCAUUGGGUGGGGCUGUACCCUUUAGCUUUGACCUGCGGAACCAGAGCAGAUUCUUAUGAAUGCUGUCUUACUACAGGUGAGCAAAUUGCCUGUUAUAUUUACUAUGAAGAGAGGUUUUAACCCCCUGGAAUCUCAGCUGGAGACAUCUGGGAAUCCCCUAGGGGUUACAUAGGAUAUAUUCGAGACAUAUUUUAAUACAGGUAUAAUUAUUAUUCUUGUUUACAGAGACAGUGAUUGGCAGUCAUUGUCUGUGUUGAGUAUAGAUCACCCUUUAUUAUAGAGAUUGUCUGUAGAACAUUCCUUCCCCAAAUUUAUAGCGAUGAUCUGCUUUAUGAGCUGGGCUUGUUACUACGGAUACAAAAGAAGGACUUGGGGAGGAGGCAUCGAAAUUCAUGUUUUUUAAGAAAUUUUAGCAGUGGCACCUGGCUUCUCUGGUAGUGAAAGGCCUAUAUUUAAUAUUUUAACCAUUUAUCUACAUGGGGUCCCUGCAUUUAGGGGUUGACACAUCAAAAAAGGAUUUAUUUUUCCAAAAUUCUUAUGCAUUUUUAGAUGAAAGCAUAUUAAAUUCUUACUAAAACAGGGGCUGCUCUCUGAGGUUUUUAAGGGCCGAAGGGAGGGCCCUUUGGCAUUUUAUUUAAUUUGUUUUUAAGUGCCUUUUUAAAAAUUGCUCAUAAUAGUAACUCACAUUCCGAGACUAAUGGGCAGACUUAUCAAAGAUCGAAUUUCAAAUUUAUGCAAAUUAUUUUUCGAAUAUACUCGAACAUUUAAGAAAUAUUUUGAACGUUUAAUAUUUGAUCGAAUCGUCCUGACCCGAAAAGUCUCACAGGGUGUUCUAUGUUGGUGGUUUCAUUCAUUAGCAGUGACGGGUAGAUUUUGGCCAGAGAACACAAUAUUUUGACUGAAAUAUCCCAUUGGCUUUAACAAAAAGGGUCCUGGGCUUAUGAGCAGAGCUUAUCCUUUCACUAUCAGAGAUUGUCCGUAGAAUACAAAGCCCCCUGGCACAAGUGGGCACCCUGAAUACUUUGGGACCCGCUGACUUUUAAACAAAACAGUGGGGAAAAAAAUAGUUACCUUUUAUUCUGAAGAUGUUUGUGAAAUCUAAAAAUUCGGGUGUUGGCCAGUGCCUCCAUCGUGGGCACCAUUUCUGUGACCUUUUCCCAUGCGUGUGGCUGCAGCUGAGAGGUUUUUAAAGACUGUCCUUUUAUUAUUAUUUAUUGAUUGAUUGACUUCAGUAGCAUGUGCCCCCUGAGAGUUACACAUGCGAUUGUGCAGGCAUCCCAGCUGGUGGCUGCGUCGUAUCAUUUGCUGGAGUCGUGUACCCUGAUGUUCUCAUAUCCACGCUCCUUGUGAUCUCUGUGCUGCCAUGUCUCAUGACGAGUAGCGAUUUUCAGAAAUUAUAUUGUGGAAAAUAAAAUUCAAUAGAACAAA